AUGUCCGGCCGCGUGGCGGCGUGCCUCAAGGACAUGCAGGAGGAAGGCCUGACGCUGAGCUCGUCCGCGUGCCAGUGCCUAAUGGCUGGCGUGGCCGGCUCUGGUGGAUUGCCUCUCCGUGGGCGCCACGAUUCAGGAGAACAAAAAAUGGUUUCUCCGGAGGAGGGCACGAUCAGGCAGAACGACCCGACCUGCGAUGUCGAAGAGAAGACGCCUCCAACUGGAGAGCCAGGUAUGCAGCACAUUGCCCCAGAGCGUGCGACUCUGCGAGCAGCGGCUCCGACGUUCGUCCCGAGAAGUUGUGGUCCUGUACCCUCGAUGCUGUGCAGUGAGGCCCUUUACCAGGAUAAGUUCGCGAAGAUGAGCAUGCAGCAGAUGGGGCAGCUGGGUCCUCUCGAUGCUGCGCAGUUGGGACCCCCUCCUGGUCUGCAUGAUGAUCUCGCGCAGAUGGCACUGCAGGGGGUGGGCCCUCUCGAAGCAGCGCAGCUGGGUCCCCCUCCAGGUCUGCAGGAUGAGUUCCCGGACAUGGCAAUGCAGCAGGUGGGGAGGCAGUGCGACGAAUACACCACCGUGAUGAUGCGCAAUUUGCCAUGCAAUUUCUUGCGCGAAGAUCUUAUCGCACUGAUGGACGCGAAUGGCUUUGCUGGGUUCUACAAUUUGGUAUACAUGCCGAUCGAUUUCACUACCGGAAUGGGCAUGGGAUACGGGUUUGUGAAUCUGGUCUCUGCGGAUGUGCUACCGCGCUUCCAACUCGCCUUUGAAGGCUUCAGGAAGUGGCCUACCCCGUCUCAGAAGGUGUGCACCAUCAUGCUGUCCAAGACGCAGGGCCUGUACGCGAACGUCCAUCGCUAUCGGAACAGCCCUGGCAUGGGCGAAGGCGUUCCCGAGCGGUUCAGGCCCGUGCUCUUCCGCGGGACUUCGCGGAUUCCCUUCCCGGCGCCCACGAUCGGAUGGUCGAAGCGGUGCCGAGACGUCCAGGCCCGUUGCGCUUCUCAGUGGGGCCAGUCGUGCGCAGCCCCUCCUUGCUGCCCCUGA